UGACAGUAGAGCCUGCAGGGAAUUGUAUUUGCCCCUCUGAGAGCUACACCUGCACAGCAGACGGUGUCAGUGGCAUUGAACUUGACAACGAGAACCUUUCCGAUCCAUUCUUACACAUUGCUGGGUUUUCAACAAGACAGGAAGUGUUGAAACAGGGACUGAGAGUGUUACUAUCUGAAGUUAAGGUGGAUGGCAGUACGCUCUUCAAUAUGACAGUUCAGCUGUUUAUAAGGGACUUACAAGCAUGGAAUGGAAGUAUUCUAAUUUGUCGAACGACUGGCAGUGAUAGCCAUAAAGAUAUCCAUAUAUGUGUCACUGGUAUAGUUGCUUAUCCAUGUCGAUUAAAGAAUAUCGUAUUAUCUGUACAGGUCCAGCCUCCCCUCCCACUAGUCUGUCAGUGGUGUGGGACCCACCAUCAGCUGUGGUCAGUUUCCAGUCUCCAGUGUAUGGUGGAGAAUGUGUGGACUAUUAUGUGGUCACUGCUGUCAGUGAAGAGAGGAUGGAAUUUUGUAAGGUCACCAGUGAUGCUAGUGAAAGAAACUGCAGUAUUGAUCUCGGGGAUGGCAAUGUGAAUGACUUCAACUUCACUGUCCAUGGUGUGACUCGUGUCAAUGAUAGUUUUGUCUACAAUGGAGACAUUGCCACUGAUUGCCGUUUGCCAUUUCCAGAGAGUGUAACAGCUGUUGAAGAGGAAUGUGGUCACAUCAAUCUCACCUGGAAGAGCAACCACGUCAUAGAACCGGUGAACACAACCAUCAGUUGGCGUGGGGUCCACAGCAGUGGAGCCAGGCACUAUGAGAGAGGUAGUUCUGAAGACUCUCAUCUACUGACAUUAGACUACUCUGAGACUGGACCAGUGGAAAUUGCUGUGACAUUCUCUAGUGCUGUCUGUAACAAAACCACUGUCACCCACUACCUCGUUGAAGGAGUGUUGACUAGUGUGUACCUGAGGUCCAGGACACUAGUCAUUGAGAGCAGAGACUGUGUUGGUGAUCGUGAAAACUACAGGAUAAUCAUAGCCACUCCCACUACACUGGUGAAGGUGUCCUUUAAUGCAACUGUGGAAUAUGACCUGGGGGAUAUAGUGAGCUCUGGCACUGAAAUCACAGUACAGUUGGUUGAGACCACAUCCAACACCAUCAUUGAUGAGAUGACUUAUACCAUCACUGUAUCCCACCCCUACUGUAACACCUACAGCACCAGGUGUGGACGGGGCUGCUAAAGGGAGUGCAGACUCAAAAGUAGCAGUUGGUGUAGGUGUAGGUGUUGGACUAAUGCUGUUUCUUCUGUUACUGGUGGGUCUGGCAGUGUAGAGAGAGGUGUAGCCCCCAGCUACCAGACCCUAGCUACAUAAUUAUUAUAGUGUGAGUGAGUAGCUAAGUUCAGGUGAAACGGGUAAUUCACCCUUUCAGCUUGGGUAAUAUGUAUGUACUGGUAUUAUAUAUACCACAGACAUAGACCACUUACACUUGAAAAUGGGCAGAACCAACACUGCUUUCAUUAGUAACUAGUUU